AUGUCACUGAUCAAUGUAUUAGCAACUUCAUCGCGUCCAAGCGUGAACUUCACCCGUAACACUGCUAUAAUAGCAUUUACUCGUCUGUUGUCUCAGAAGUCACAAGCCCCCACCAUCACAAACCUCGAGCCAGAAGAAGGUCACCAGAUCCUUGUGAAUCAGCGUCUGAACCGACCUGUCACUCCAAACCUCGGUAUAUACAAGAUCGGUCAAGUCUGGUUCAGUGCUUCGGCUUGGACCAGAAUCACAGGUCUUAUUGUAGGCGGCACGGCGUAUCUUACGUUAGGCGCUCACGCUGUUGCUCCUCACCUUGGACUAGGCUUUGACUCUGUGGCUUUGGUCUCAGCUUUCGGUGCACUGCGUAUUGUUGCCAAGGCAGCUAUCAAGUUCAGCUUAUUGGGAUUCCCUUUUUCGUACCACUUCAUCAACGGUAUUCGUCACCUGGUGUUUGACUUGGGGAUUGGAUACAAGAAAGCUCAGUUCAAGAAGUCAGAAGUAGCCACAUGGACUCUCAGUGUCAUUGGUGGACUUGUAUUGGCAUUCUGGUUGUAG